AUGCCUGUUUGGCUGAAGGGCUCCACUCAAUCAGCAGCCAAGGGAGUCACACAGCAUGCAGGUAAUGGUGUGGCACCAGAGCUGUUAGCCAAGGGAGUCACACAGCAUGCAGGUAAUGGUGUGGCACCAGAGCUGUUAGCCAAGGGAGUCACACAGCAUGCAGGUAAUGGUGUGGCACCAGAGCUGUUAGCCAAGGGAGUCACACAGCAUGCAGGUAAUGGUGUGGCACCAGAGCUGUUAGCCAAGGGAGUCACACAGCAUGCAGGUAAUGGUGUGGCACCAGAGCUGUUAGCCAAGGGAGUCACACAGCAUGCAGGUAAUGGUGUGGCACCAGAGCUGUUAGCCAAGGGAGUCACACAGCAUGCAGGUAAUGGUGUGGCACCAGAGCUGUUAGCCAAGGGAGUCACACAGCAUGCAGGUAAUGGUGUGGCACCAGAGCUGUUAGCCAAGGGAGUCACAGAGCAUGCAGGUAAUGGUGUGGCACCAGAGCUGUUAGCCAAGGGAGUCACACAGCAUGCAGGUAAUGGUGUGGCACCAGAGCUGUUAGCCAAGGGAGUCACACAGCAUGCCGGUAAUGGUGUGGCACCAGAGCUGUUAGCCAAGGGAGUCACACAGCAUGCCGGCCUCCAAGGAAACAACCAGCAUGUCCAGGCUUCUCAGGUGUCCUCCAAGGACACAACCACCGUGUCCAGGCUUCUCAGGAGUCCUCCAAGGAAACAACCAACAUGUCCAGGCUUCUCAGGAACCUCUGACAUCGCCGCUGUGUGCACAGGAACCUCUGACAUCACCCCUGUGUGCACAGGAACCUCUGACAUCGCCACUGUGUGCACAGGAACCUCUGACAUCGCCGCUGUGUGCACAGGAACCUCUGACAUCACCGCUGUGUGCACAGGAACCUCUGACAUCGCCGCGGUGUGCACAGGAACCUCUGACAUCACCGCUGUGUGCACAGGAACCUCUGACAUCGCCGCUGUGUGCACAGGAACCUCUGACAUCGCCACUGUGUGCACAGGAACCUCUGACAUCACCACUGUGUGCACAGGAACCUCUGACAUCACCGCUGUGUGCACAGGAACCUCUGACAUCACCGCUGUGUGCACAGGAACCUCUGACAUCACCACUGUGUGCACAGGAACCUCUGACAUCGCCGCUGUGUGCACAGGAACCUCUGACAUCGCCACUGUGUGCACAGGAACCUCUGACAUCGCCACUGUGUGCACAGGAACCUCUGACAUCACCACUGUGUGCACAGGAACCUCUGACAUCACCACUGCCCCUGAGGAGCCUCGUAUGGAUAGCAGUCACCAGUCUGUCAAUCAAGACUGUCAGCCAAAACCUCACGUGCACACUAUGAUUGGUGUAGGGGUGGAUGGGGAGUCGUUGGAGCACGGAGAUACAACUAUCCUACCUGUCACAGCUAUUAGAGCAGUGGACUCAGGUGAUGUUGCUGUUCAGCUGGACUCACACCCUGUGGCGGAAAGCACUCAGAUUACAGGGCGUGCUGAGUUUGAAACGCCCACUGUUCAAAUAUUCCCCUCAGUACAGGACCAUGCAACAGAGGAGGACUCAUUCUUAAACACAUCGAAACACAGGGAAUUCUCCGUGGAGAAGGAGGAGGAGAGAGAGAAAGUGGGGAAGAGAGGGAUAGAGGAUGUCAGAAAGAAAUAUGGAGAGAGAGAUAAAGAGAAGGAGUUAGGUGAAGAGAAAGAUGGAGAGAUAAAUAAAGACAAAGAGAGAGAGAAAGAGAAGAAGAGAGAGGAGCAGAAUGAGAGAAAACACAUGCAGACCCAGGUUAGUCUGGAGGUGGUUCAGCACCACUCUGUAGCCACCAGCCCCAUGACCCCACCCCAGGGGGUCGGCGCCGACGCCUUCCUCUUCCCAGCAGCCUCUAGGAGUCUGGAGGUGGUUCAGCACCAUUCUGUAGCCACCAGCCCCAUGACCCCACCCCAGGGGGUCGGCGCCGACGCCUUCCUCUUCCCAGCAGCCUCUAGAAGUCUGGAGGUGGUCCAGUAUCACUCUGUAGCCACCAGCCCCAUGACCCCACCCCAGGGGGUCGGCGCCGACGCCUUCCUCUUCCCAGCAGCCUCUAGAAGUCUGGAGGUGGUCCAGUAUCACUCUGUAGCCACCAGCCCCAUGACCCCACCCCAAGGGUUCAGCGCUGACGCCUUCCUCUUCCAAUUAGCCUGCAUGGGGUCUGGGGCAGAGUCUAAAGACGCAAAGCUGCAAGAGGGGCACCAGCUGGAGUUCUGUUCUGUUGCCAUGACUUCAAACAACACCCCCACCGUCCCCGCUGCCUUCCCAGAGCUCAGCGGGAGAGAAGACAAGGAGAAGAAGGAGGAGAGGAGAGAGAAACAGGGGAGGGACGAGAGGGAAACUACAUCAGACUCUGUUGUAGUCACUCCUCGUCUGAUGUUAGCCCCGGUACUGAAAUGUAGCGCUCCGAAAGACGAGGUGGCUGAAGAGAUAAAGUCACAGUCCAACAUCCCUCCAGAUAGCUCUGCUUACUCAGAUCCUCAGAGUGACGGACUCUGUCACAACAACGCUGGUGAACCAGAACCAGUGGAGGUUAAAAGGAGAGGGCGACAUGGGGCGACUGGGGACGCUGUCGAUCAAGAGAUCACCAUUCUGGUGACCCAUCAUGACAGCUUUGGAGUUGAGGAAGAAGAGGAGGAGGAAGAGGAGGAGGCUAGAAGGGAGGUUAUGUCAUUUAUUCACUGCACCGAGCCUGAAGGGUCUGUGGAGGUAGACAACAGUGAAGGGGUUAAAGUCGUUCCUCCAGUGCCCCAAAACAGCCUGGAGGAUGGGAAGAGUGACGAUACAGCUCAACCCAAAACCAUAGGGACUGUCAUGAACCUACACUCACACGGAAACAGACAGGAGGAUUCUCUCCCUCCUUCCGGUGAAGACAUCCGAACAGAAAAGAAGCAGAUGACAUCACCACAAUCUCUGACUAAAAACAAGCUGCCAGAACACAUAGGAGAAGAAGCGAAGCUCCGCUUAAGUGAGGAGCAACCCAACCAGACAGAACAGCGCUGCCCAGUGGACAGGAGUGGAACUGCCCAACCCAACCAGACAGACACGUGCAGCCUAGUGGACAGGAGUGGAACUGCCCAACCCAACCAGACAGAACAGCGCAGCCUAGUGGACAGGAGUGGAACUGCCCAACCCAACCAGACAGAACAGCGCAGCCUAGUGGACAGGAGUGGAACUGCCCAACCCAACCAGACAGAACAGCGCAGCCUAGUGGACAGGAGUGGAACUGCCCAACCCAACCAGACAGAACAGCGCAGCCUAGUGGACAGGAGUGGAACUGCCCAACCCAACCAGACAGAACAGCGCAGCCUAGUGGACAGGAGUGGAACUGCCCAACCCAACCAGACAGAACAGCACAGCCUAGUGGACAGGAGUGGAACUGCCCAACCCAACCAGACAGAACAGCGCAGCCUAGUGGACAGGAGUGGAACUGCCCAACCCAACCAGACAGAACAGCACAGCCUAGUGGACAGGAGUGGAACUGCCCAACCCAACCAGACAGACACGUGCAGCCUAGUGGACAGGAGUGGAACUGCCCAACCCAACCAGACAGAACAGCACAGCCUAGUGGACAGGAGUGGAACUGCCCAACCCAACCAGACAGAACAGCACAGCCUAGUGGACAGGAGUGGAACUGCCCAACCCAACCAGACAGAACAGCACAGCCUAGUGGACAGGAGUGGAACUGCCCAACCCAACCAGACAGAACAGCUCCAGCCCCCUCUAAUUGGCCCUCCAGUCCCUGGCUCCCUGGCCCGGCAGCAGCAGACACAGGUUAGUCUGGAGGUGGUUCAGCACCAUUCUGUAGCCACCAGCCCCAUGACCCCACCCCAGGGGGUCUUCGCCGACGCCUUCCUCUUCCCAGCAGCCUCUAGGAGUCUGGAGGUUGUCCAGUACCCUUCUGUUGCCACCAGCCCCAUGACCCCACCCCGGGGUCGCCGAGCCUUCUUUCCCAGCAGCCUCUAG